AUGUAUGUCUCCUCUUCGCGAAUUAAUGACAGUUGGAAAAGAGAACAAGCGUCAACCGAGCAAGAAGAGGCGCUCGGAGCCGACGACGUAAGGUGCGUCCUGACUGCAUUCAUCAAAGACGAAAAGGUUCAAGAUGAUCGCUCUGAUCGAAAACGAUUCGAUCAGAUCCGAUCUGAUUCCAAUGGAGGCCAAUGUACCCAUGCUUUCUACCAUUCACUUUAA